CGACAAUCCAACGAAUCCUUGCCCUCUCCAGUCUCCACCCCCCACCGGAGAGCGCCAACCGAUCCCCGCCGUCGCCUCCGACCCAGUGAUCCCUGUCCAGCUCGAGGCCGUCGCUCGACGUCCCUGUCCAGGCGCCGAGGGCGCGUUCCCUGUCCAGCUCGACGCCAUCGCUCGUCGUCGUUGCUCGAGGACGCCGACGCUGAGAUCUCGUCGCCUCUCGUCGAGUCAAGAAACUAUUUAAAGACUCACCCGAUUCAUUCCACACGUCUUCCUCACUUUUUUUUUGUUGGUGUUUCUUGAUUGCAGAUAUGGAUUCGGGCAACGUAAAUGAAUCGGACCAUAUGGAUGAAGCAGAGGAAGGAGGAGACGUGUGGAAUUGGGAUAUGAACAAGAAAUUUGAGAAUGCUUUUGCUACUUACUGCAACGGAAUCAGUGAUCAUUGGGAUAGGAUUGCAAAGGAGCUUGGAGUAGAUGUUGAGGAUGUUAAGAAGCACUAUCGACUUCUUGUGGAAGAUAUUGAUGCGAUUGAAGAUGAUCGAGUGCCUUUGCCGAGCUAUUUAGAUGACGAGGUGGCUGAAGCUGGUGCCCAUGGUAAGAAGGGCGGAGACGGGAAGGGAAGGGCUGAGCAAGAGCGACGCAAAGGAAUUGCUUGGACUGAGGAAGAGCAUAGAUUAUUUCUUUUGGGUCUUGAGAAAUAUGGCAAAGGAGAUUGGCGAAGCAUAUCAAGAAACUUCGUGGUAUCUAGAACACCAACGCAAGUAGCAAGCCACGCACAGAAGUACUUCAUCCGGUUGACUUCAGGCACCAAAGACAAGAGACGAUCAAGCAUUCAUGAUAUUACCAGUGUAAACCCUACUGGAGAGAAGGUAGGUCCUAUUACUGGGCAGUACGUGCCAUCUCCAGCUCAACAAACACAUCAGACGCCAGCUGGCAGUCCUCGGGUCCCGUCUGGGCCUGCCAUCGGCCGUCCAGUUGUGGGCCCACAUGCAGUUGGCACACCCGUGAACUAUCCUCUUCCUCCAAAUUCGGUUGCUCCACCUUUGGUUUAUAGAAUGCCAGCUCCAGUUACCAGCAAUCAAGUGGAGAAUGCCUAUCCUGAGCAGCACAUGGAAAAUGCAUAUCCGGAGAUUCAAAUGGAAAAUGCCCAUCCAGAGACUCCAACGAAGAAUACAAAGAACACCUUUUCAAAGUCCAAUAAACGUCGAUAGGUGGUUCAAGACUCUUUGAUUUGCUGAGGAGAAGCAGUGCCUGUUGCUUAGCUUCAUAAAACAUGGAAUUGUUCAGGGAGUUUGAACUUGUCGCCUCUGCAAUAUCUUCUGUAGUUCCUCUUUGAUUAGUUGUCGACCUUACUAGUGUAUAGAGAGGAGUUAGCUUUUACAUACAAACGAAAUGGUCCGAGUGUUUUGACAAAUAUUUGUUUUGUCAUUUAGAGUCAUCUACCCCAAAAAUUCAGGAUAAAGGCUUUGUCUUUGUUGUUGAUUGGUAUUAAAUACCUAAUGGUGGUUUAGAUAUCGUUACAAUUUCCUGUUUUCUGUA